CCAAAUCACUUUUCGACACGCGAGGGUUUUGCUCAGAGCACACAGGGGGCGGGGAAGCAAGUCGCGGCAUGUUGCAGGUCCCUGCCAUUGGUGCGAGAAGCAACGCUUCGCAGCCUCCCACGGUUCGGGUUGCAACCGCCCAGAUUCGCCCUCGUGUAACUAUCCAUACCGAUCACAUAUCUGCCACCAGGAAUCAUGAGGAAAGGGGCCGUGCGGGCAAAAAAGAAUCUAUCUCGUUGUACAUGUUCUUCGGUGAAAAAGAAGCAAACGGCGCUGCCGCCAUCGGAUGAUGUGCGUCUCGAGAUCAGCGCCUGGCCGGGGCGUCCCGUUGUUAGCGUCCGCAGGGGUGGAGCCGGACAGUCGGGAGACCACAUCUGCAGUCGACUUCGUUCUGUGGCCAGCUGGCUGCUGACUUCAAGGGCUUAUAGACUUUCCGCUGAUAAGGCGCUGUUAGGGGUCUCAUUCGAAUCGAAGCAUAUUCCUUUCUCGGAACAAGAAUUUGCAGACGAGGUUCACGAGUGUAAAGGUGGCCGUUCCGAAACGGCCUUCCUAGCCGAGGGCUUCGGGCGAUGCAGCACAAUUGCAGCGAGCCUAUGGCCGAUGCUGGCCUCCGAGCGGGGAACUUCUAUGGCAUCCGGAGGCUCCGUGAGAAGACAACAUCCAGUCAAUGCCAAGACUUGGGGGUCCCGCUCCGGAGAGCAGACGCUGACCAAACUUGAAGUCGAGGCGGCGCCAUUUUGGCAGCAAACGAGGUGUGAUCAAAGCUGUUCCCAAGUGUGGCCGUUACAUGUCUGCGUUCAUGAUUUCUCCAAUAAAAGUCGUCAACAAUGCUCCAUAAAGUUCGAGGCAAGCCGAGCUUGACUGGUGAAUGAGCGGUGAGGAAAGGGACAGCAUGCUCUCCUUCUCGGGACCCGACAGUCUGGGACCAAGGGCGGAUGGCCGCUGGCCGUUGAGCUGCUGCAGAAUCUUGAGCAACAUCAAGCAGGAACUGGUGGGCGGCCCAAUUGGAAAUGGACGCCGUGGCGGGGGCUCGGAGUCCAUUCUCGGGAAGAAAGGAGGCAAAAAGAGAGUCCUUUGUUGAGUUGAGGGAACAGCAACUGGCUGACGUUGCAAGUCGAUACUCUUGCCGACUUCCCAGCCCUGGAAGGCACAAUCGAAUCCUGCUGAUAACGCUUGAGAGAAAAGGACAUGUAACGCCAGGCCCUUGUGGGUGUCCUAAGCUUAUACUCUGAGGUGCCACCGCCACAGAGAAGUGUGCUUGAAACCUGCUUGUGGGUUUGCUGGAAGCGAAUCUCUUCAUAU